GAGCAUGGGACGGCGCGCCUGAGAGGAGCAGGGGUGAGGCAGGGGCCUGGGACCCGGAGAGGAAAAGAGGCGAGAAAGGGGCGCGAGAGCAAAGGAGGAUGCAACUGACUCGCUGCUGCUUCGUGUUCCUAGUGCAGGGCAGCCUCUAUCUGGUCAUCUGUGGCCAAGAUGAUGGUCCCCCCGGCUCAGAGGACCCUGAACAUGAUGACCAUGAGAACCAGCCCCGGCCCCGGAUGCCUCGGAAGCGGGGCCACAUCUCACCCAAGUCCCGCCCCAUGACCAACUCUACUCUCCUAGGGCUGCUGGCUCCACCUGGAGAGGCAUGGGGGUUCCUUGGGCAGCCCCCCAACCGCCCGAACCAUAGCCCCCCACCUUCAGCCAAGGUGAAGAAAAUCUUUGGCUGGGGUGACUUCUAUUCCAACAUCAAGACGGUCGCCCUGAACCUACUUGUCACGGGGAAGAUCGUGGACCACGGGAAUGGAACCUUCAGCGUCCACUUCCGACACAACGCCACGGGCCAGGGCAAUAUCUCCAUCAGCCUCGUGCCCCCCAGUAAAGCUGUAGAGUUCCACCAGGAACAGCAGAUCUACAUUGAAGCCAAGGCCUCCAAAAUCUUCAACUGCCGAAUGGAGUGGGAGAAGGUGGAACGGGGUCGCCGGACCUCCCUCUGCACCCAUGACCCAGCCAAGACCUGCUCCCGAGACCACGCUCAGAGUUCAGCCACCUGGAGCUGCUCCCAGCCCUUCAAAGUCGUCUGUGUCUACAUUGCAUUCUAUAGCACGGACUAUAGGCUGGUCCAGAAGGUGUGCCCAGACUACAACUACCACAGUGAUACUCCCUACUACCCCUCUGGUUGACCCUGGGCAGGCCGCAGAGGCCAGGCCAGGGCUGGAAGGACAGGCCUGCCUGCACAGGAGGCCAUCGGUCUGGACACUGGGAAGGGAAGGGGAGGGGCCUCAG